AUGCAGCAAUGCUUUUCCCAUGGUCACCUCUAUGCUGGUUGUUCCAGAGUUGGAAAUGGCAACAAUCUCUUCAUACUCACACCAAAUGAUAAAACCAAGAAUAUUGUUUAUUCUGCUGCUUUACACGACGGUGGUGGUUUUGGUGACGGUGACGGUGCCAGUGUAGACGGUGGCGGCGGCGGCAGCCUCGAUGGCGGCGGCAGCGUCGAUGGCGGCGGCAGCGUCGAUGGCGGCGGCAGCGUCCAUGGCGGCGGUAGCGUCGAUGGCGGCGGCAGCGUCGAUGGCGGCGGUGGAGGUGGCGCUGGUUUGACACUAUUAAAUGUCACAAAAUACAAAUAUUCAGUCUAUUAG